AUGAGUUCACUCGAAGCCUUUUCAGACGGAACAAUCACAGCAGCGAACGCUUCAACGUUAAACGAUGGAGCUGCGAUGGUUGUGAUGACAACGAUGGACUAUGCGAAGAAGCACAACUUGAAACCACUGGCGAGAAUGUUGGCAUACGGUGAUGCAGCCACACACCCCAUUGAUUUCGCUGUAGCACCUUCAUUGGUUAUUCCAAAGAUUCUCAAAAUGGCCAAUCUCGAGGUGAAAGAUAUCGAUCUGUGGGAAAUUAAUGAAGCGUUCGCAGUUGUUCCACUGCAUUCAAUGAAGACAUUCCAUUUGGACCAUGCCAAAGUGAAUAUCCACGGUGGUGCAGUCUCGCUAGGUCAUCCAAUCGGAAUGUCUGGUGCACGAAUAAUUGGGCAUUUGGUGCAUACACUGAAGCCAGGUCAAAAAGGAUGUGCGGCGAUAUGCAACGGAGGUGGCGGGGCCGGUGGAAUGAUCAUUGAAGGUCUUUAA